AUGGACGUGGAUCUGCCAGAGACUGAGGCAUUCGAAUCAUCAAAGGAUGGCCUCAACAACCAGGGUGUGUACAUCUACCAACCUGCGAAACCGUCCAAAGCCAACGGAGAGCGACCAUCGAAGCGUCGAAAGGUAGCAGAAGAUAAGAAGGACCAGGGCGACCAGCUGUAUCCAUUUGCGCCUCUGUUGGAUGGGGAUGAAAAUGCAGCAUCGAUUGAAUUGAGGUAUAGCACUUAUCAAAAACUGUGGUCUGAACAGGAGCAAAAGAUCCAGGAAAUACUGGAGGAUGUGGAUUCCAAAGUUCUGGACAACGUCUCCUCUUUCGUCAGAACAACCUCGUCGCAGACAUACCAUGGCUGUAUCCCUGCAGCAUUGGUUACUGUCGGAUCGAAUGUCUCUUCGCUUGGCAGACUUUUGACUCGACUUAAUGACCGACUGUCAACAACAGGGGAAGGCGGAGUUGUCGUGCUGGAGUCUGGUGAUGCGCCCAACCUCAAGGCAACGUUAAAAAAUAUUAUUCGAGCAGCUAUUACGAAUACAGAAGGAAACGACGGUUAUCAAUCUUUUCUUACUGAUCGAGAUGGACCUAGACUUCUUGCAUACGAUCUUGACUUGCUUAGUGAAUAUGUGAAAAGGAAAGGAACCACGAAAUUGGUUCUGGCCUUUCGAGACAGUGAAGCCUUUGACCCGAACCUGCUAACCGACCUCUUGUCAUUGCUGAGUUCUUGGCUAGAUAGAAUACCAUUUACUUUGCUAUUUGGUAUCUCGACCUCAGUCGAGCUUUUCGAGGGGCGGCUACCGCGGUCAAGUGUUGCCUUGCUUAGGGGCAAAUAUUUUGAAAUCCAUGAAGCUAGUAAUUGCGUCGACCGUAUAUACGAACGACUACAAGCAGAGUGUAAUGGGCGGUUCUGGUUGGGACGCAAUAUUACCGGCAUUCUGUUUGAAAAGUCAAAUGACUACUUUCAAACCCCAGAGGCCUUUAGUCGAACCGUCAAGUACGCAUAUAUGACUCAUUUCUUCGCAAAUCCAUUGUCUGUACUUCUCGCAGACAAAGUUUCUGGAGAUUUGCCUUACGGCAAACUCUGUGAGGCAAUCAGGAACCUCCCAUCUUUCAGAAGGUUCUGCGAAGAUUUUGUCCAUAAUGGUUCCUCUAAGAAAGUGCGUAAUCUUCUGGAAGAUGACAAUCUUCUACUCCAGGAGAGCUUGGAGUAUCUGCAAAUGGGCCAACAGAAGAUGCGGGAUAUCUUCCAAACCACCAAAAUGGUUCAAAUGUGCCUCAAAAACUUCAAUAUUUUCCAGAAAACAACCAUGUCGGAUCUGUCGAUUCGUGCACUUUCUGGGGAACUGCAAGAUUCAUCGUUCGUGGAGGACAUGCUCAUGGCAGUGAAGACGCUUGACUCGGAGGCUCUUAAGGACCUCCUUUUCACAGUUAUUCCUGGCUCUCUAACGGAUACACCUCAGUUCCGAGAAAUCCAAGCGGAUUUGGACGCUCUGAUGCAGACAUACGAGGGCACAGAACCGCUGCGAAGCGAACAUGACAAUCGUAAUUCAGUCGUGAAAACAACCAUUGUUCAACAACGGGUGAAGCUUAGCAAGGGCAAAGCCAAAAUGCCGAAAGAAAAUAUUGAGUAUACGAAGAUCAUCGAUCGCAUACAUGCUGUGCUCGAGGCCCACCUUGUGGAAACCUUGGUGAGACCACAGGAUUUGAUCCUACAUGAAAUAUUCUUGCUUGAUAUGAAGAAUCCUUUGAAGGAGACAUUCGCACCACGGCCGCGGUUUGCAGUUGAGCGGGCACUGACCAAUCCUUUUGAUUACCUCGAGUCUACAUCAGAUGCUGCGGAAACCAAACUUUCAACUAAACAGCCAGCCACGGCGAUUCUAUAUCAGCUUUAUCUUGAGUCGGGAGCUUUGGUGAAUAUUCACGAUCUUUGGCAGGCAUUUUAUGCCGUCUUUAAAAGUGAUAAAAAGGGCAGCUGUGAUAUGCGAGUGGUUUUGUCUUUGUUUUAUAGAGGUCUAUCGGAGCUCAAGGCGUUUGGUAUGGUUAAAAGCAGCCGGAAAAAGAUCGACCAUGUCGCCAAAUCGGCUUGGGCUGGGCUGUAG